AAUUCGAAUGUCGCGGACAUAGCAAGAUGGCGCGGAUAAUUUUGACAUUUGUUUUUUUAAUUUUCGCUCUAAAUAACGCAAAGGCGGAUAACCAAAGAGGUUUUAUAACAGCGUUAGAAGAAAAAUUGGAAAAUAAAUUAGUUUUUUAUGGUAAUAUUUUUGCGAAAUGGUUGGAAAAUGUUUACGAUACGCAUUUGGGAAGAAGUGAAUUGGGAAAAAUGCUUAAGUAUAAUGCAAUUAAGCCGAAAUUCAGCAGGAUUGGUGAUGAGUCGCGUGGCAUGAAGAAAUUGUCAAUGAUGUUAUUACCUAUAAUAUUUCACGUCGGCGCCACGUCAACAUGGCUGGUACUGACAGCAUUGAUGGCGGCAAAAUCUGUCGCCAUUGGAAUCAUGCUGCUCGUUUUCAAAAUCGCCGUCAGUUCUGCUAAGGUGGCAUCUUUCUUCACAGCGUGGAAGCAUAAUCACCCUCACCACGACUCCUGGACUCCACAUUACGAACAUGGUCACUACCGCAGCAUAGACGAUUCCGGAUCUCACAGCGAUUCACAUUAUGUUUCAUACAACCCUGAUCCAGUGUGGAACACAGAGUACAAGACUUUACCUAGUAGCCUGGACUCCGACCAUUAUGAAGAGGCUCAUUUGGAAGAGAAAAUUGAUAAGAAAGCAUAG